GAUAAUUGCAUUAAUGAGAAAUUGAACAGCCAUUCCUAAUAAUCCUUUAGGUGAGUGUAUAUAUCUUUGAAGUACUAAAAUGCACUUUUUGGUUACAAAGGUGUACUUUUUGAAAGUGUCCCGCCACGAUGACCGCUUUAGUACCUUAUGAGUGUGCUGUAAUGGCCUAUUCUUCUAAAUGUUCUUAACGAAUCAUUUACCACUGACAGCUGGAUUAAGAAACAUGAUGGUUGCCAUGGAGACGAGAGGCAAGACUCUCAUCACGCUUGCUGUCGAUGAUGAUUGUAAAUUGACAUAACAACCUGUCCUAUGUUGCACAGAAAGCAGCAUGAGGAUGAUUCUCAUCCCUUGCGCUCCUCUUGAUGACUUCCCCGGCGUGCUGAGAUCCCUUUCAUAAUUAUCAAUCACAUCCUGUAGACGCUGUAUGGUAUUCCUGCGGUUUCAUUGGCUCUGAUCCAUCUCAGUGGGUCAGACGGACCACCGCUUAUCAGCUCAGUGGCUGUAUUAACCACGGAUGACGUCAGCUCCUGUGUGUUAAGCAGAAGGGCACAGCCAUCCUUCUUCAGAGGGGCAGAUUAACGUGGAGAGAUGAAAAUGGGAGCGAGGGAUAUCCGUUCCGCUCCGAUGAUGGAAUUUAUGGAGGAACCUGCAGCCUGUGAUGGAAGCUAAAGGUUUAUCUGGCUGGCUGUAGCUCGUUUCUGGUGGAUCGGUUCUCUGUGGAUAGACAGUCAAGAGUGGGCCACUUGCCUUGAGUUUGUCAUUUGCCCUGAGGGUGACUGAGGGAGUGAAAGCAAGGCAUUCUGGGAAGCUCAGCCCCUGCCCUGGAUGAGUCUCCGCCAGCAUCAGCAGAGGAAGAUUUUGUCCAAUGUUGCCUCUUUAUAACCCGAUGCUCAACUCCAGUGAAAUCAUGAGUGAAUAACGGGUGUGUCUGAGGUCAAGGGGUGGGGCAGUUCUGUGUGGGAGGAGUCAGGAAGGUUCUGUAAGUGAUGACCAGCCUCUUUCGACGAGGUAACGCGAACGGUAAACAUGGCAACAGUACGCAGGGUGGCGAUGUUGCCUCGUCUGAGCUUAACAACAGUAGGCCUCCCCGUCAAGUCAGACGCCUCGAAUUUACUCAAGCUAUGGAUGACUUUAAGACUAUGUUUCCCGGCAUGCAGCAUGAAGUUAUCGAAUGUGUGUUGAGGGCCAACAAUGGUGCCGUGGACUCCACAAUUGACCAGCUCCUGCAGAUGAGCCUGGACAGCCAGACCACCGAUGACAGCUCGGAUUCAGAGGAUAGCACUCCUGCAGAGAUCCUGGAGAGAAGGUUAGAGCCAGACAGCUCAGAUGAGGAGCCUCCACCUGUUUAUCCCCCACCCUCCUAUGACAUGCACAUCUAUGAUAGAAAACAUCCCGCUGAUGUACCAUCCACCCCACCUCCCAGGUUCGAUGAUCGUCCCCCUUCAGGGCAUCAGCAUGUUGGAGGAUACAGGAACUGGAAUCCACCGUUGCUAGGCAACCUCCCGGAUGACUUCCUGCGGAUUCUGCCUCAGCAGUCAGAGUGUCUUCAGCGAUCUCAAAGCGGUCUCUCCCAGCCUUCGUCUUCCUCUUCAUCCUCCCUGUCAUCUCUAACGCAGCUCUCAUCCAGCAGCAUAGUCCCUUCGGGUGGCACUUGGUCAUCUGACCAGGACCGAAAGUUGAAGCAGUACUUGGAAGAUGAACGAAUUGCCCUUUUCCUGCAAAAUCAGGAGUUCAUGAAAGAACUACAGCGUAACAGAGACUUUCUCAUAGCUCUGGAGAUAGAUCAUCAGACGUGUGAGAAAACACAGUGCGGUCACUCAUCUGUUUGCGAGGAGAACUCCAAUGAAGGUGAUAACUGCGCUUCUGGCUCUGAAGAGGUCUGCUCAUCUGGCUCUGAUGAUGCUUUAUUCAUGGAGAAACUCAAGCACAUGGGCAAAUCUACAAGAAAGAAGCUUUUUGAGAUUGCUAGAUCUUUCUCUGACAAGACAAGAAAGAAGAAGAAGUCCAGAAAGAAAGCUCUGCCCAAACACCAUUCUCUGGGCUCUGCCACCUCCACCGUUAAUCUGCUGGAAGAUCUAGAAGGACCUCCAUCAGUCCAUAUGUGUUUGCAAGCAGAGAAUGAUAGCCAACGCAAAAGGCUAUCAGGAAGAGAGGAAGGGGAGGGGUCAAACAAGGCAGUGACAUCAUGAUCCUGGCUCUCUUUGC